GAUUAGCUUUGUGCUGGAAUAUGUCGCCAGAGGACAGAGCGAACAAGAGAGAGAGGGAACAAGAGAAAGUGAACGCACGAAAGAGUGGGAGAGGGGUGGGAGGGAUACUUAACUGGGAAUGAACUGUCAUGUGAGCCUACACUCCUCACUCCUGCCCUUCCUGUGUUUGUACAUCUGGAAUGAGAGAGAGUCAACACUUCCCCUGCGUCUGUCAAUCUGGGGGAAGACGACCAGCCGUAUGUGCUUUGUAUGUAGAGCAUGGAAUUAAAUGUACAGUACCUGGAGAUAUUUAACGAAAGAAAUCCAUGUCAUGGACAAGGCUCUGUGAGCAGAUCAGUCUCUUCUACAUCAUCAGGAUGUUGUGUGGUCACACAAAGAACUGAGGCCCAGGGUGCUGGUUGGCCCCUCAGGACGAAGACCAGGAAGCCAGGCCCCCAGACAGUCCUCAGGGAUGUUCUCUAGGGGCCACGAGAGGGGCCUCAGUGGACCAGAUGAAUCCAGCGGUGUAGAGGCACCUCAGAGUCCACACAAGUGGUCCAAGAGGAGGGAGCUGGGGGGUAAGAAGAGUACUCAGAGCCCCAAGGUGGGCCGGAGCCUGCGGAGGAAGUUCCAGAAGUUCCUGCAGGGCCCGGCAGGGCCGGGGGAGCCCUCCAUCCACCAGCCCCAGGAUCUGCUCCCCCCUGUGGAGCAGGACAUAUUUAUAUGCGGCCUGAAGAGAGACCCCUCCAGUAGGGAGUUCACCGGACUCCACUCCUCCUUGCCCAAUGGCCGAAGUCACACAGGGACUCUAAACCCACCCGUGGCUGGGGAUAUGGUGCUGAACAGAGAGGGCUUCAUCAACGCCACCGGUACUGUAAGUACCAACGGCCCCACCGCUAGCCUACCCACCUCUCCCUCUGGAGAGAACAGCAGCGCUGAAUAUCAGGAUGGGAACGGGGUUGUGGAGGACACACACAGGCCUUCUCCUAGUGAAGAGGAUGAGGGAGAGAAAUGCUCCAGUGACAUUGUUGAACACAUCUUGAAAGAGCUGAGAGGUAUCAACAAAAUUCAGGAGGAGAUCGCAGACCUGCGGCAGUACCUGACCUCUGUGAGAGGCUCAGUGGACGAGGUCUCCUGCUGUGUGGAUGCAGUGCUGAAUGAGAUAGGGGAGCUCUACUCCUCUGGAGCCUCAGCACCAGGGCCCCAGACCCCUCAGAGGCUUAGCGUCAGACGUGGCAGCCUGGGCAGUCAGAAUGUCACAGCCUUCCACAGGAGGGCCACCACUCCUUUACUGGAGUGCCGGCAGGGGUCUUGGGACAAAGACCCAGUGAUGAUGGUGCCACCCCAAGGGUCACCUAAAACAUGGAGAGAAAGGUUAGCUCCUUGCCAACCCGAACAAGCCGACCAGGAAAAUUCCGACCACAGCUCAGACGUGCCCUCUUCACGACCAGGGCCCAGUCAAGCCAGCCUCUCCUACCUGGAGCAAGGGUAUGCCCAUGACUGCCCCAGCACCAGCUCCCUGUCGUCAGGCCACAGCUCCAACACUCUGGACCGGGACGCCAGGUACCGCUCAGUUAAGGCCAGGCUAUGGCAGAGUGGCUGGGCCUCGGCAGGCAUGCAACACAGUGUGAGCGGAGAUGGGGGGUGGAGCGAGGAGAACGGCUGGAGCGAAGAAGACAUCUACUCCUGUCAGAACAGUGGGGAGGAGGUGGAGGACCAUGGUGCAGGGCCAGGUGGCUGGGACAGGUACACCACAGGAGAGACCAGCAGCACCACAGGCCAGUCCUCCCACAGCAGCUCAGAGCAUCUGUCCCUGCUGUUCGGUAUCCACAAGAACUCCCCCUCCAACUCAUCCAGUGUGGUGGACUGGCGGCACCCCAGGCAGCAGGGCAGCAAUGGACACCUAGUGUGUGACUGUUCAGCCAACUGCCCAUACUCUCGGAGCUCCGGCUACCACACAGUGGACACCUAUGCUGAUGUGGGGAGCUGUGGGCCGUCCAGGAGCAUGAGUCGCUCCACUGUGCUGCUCACAGACUGUGAUGAUGGCUACCUGGAGCUGCACUCCCCCUGUGACCGCUAUACGUCCUCCGUUGACUCCCUGGAUGUGGGAUCCGUUGAGAGCCUGGACAGGGAGUGGACUGAACAGUCUGUCCCAAGAGACGAUGCAGGGGAGUGGGGGUCGGGGGACCUGCCUAGCCCUGAGCCUGAGAACACCCAGCUCCUCAAUGUGGGAUUUGAUGUGAAAAGCAUUGGGAAGGCUGUGCUCACCUUUAGGUCUGCUCUGAAAGGGGCUCUGAGGAAGCUGGAGGGUUCGAGCCCGGAGCCUGGCAACGAUGACAGUGAGUCAGAAGCAGCUCCCUCUCCUGUUAGACCCUGCUCCCCUGAACCCCCGGAGGGAGAGAUCACUAUGCCAACUGAUCACAUUCGCUCUGCGUCUCCACUGGAAGAAUAUAGCGAGGCCUCAAUCUAUGUGGACUGCAGCCCAGCCCAAGAGAACCUGCCUUGCUCCCUACAAGCAUCCCCAAAUGAAAGGACUCACUCCCCCUGCACCCCUACCGAGUAUCACUCCAUGGAGCAUUUAGAGAGCCAAGGAGAGUAUCAGACUGAUGGAGAACUGUCCAACCCAGAGCUGACACCGGACCACAGUUCUCCAGGAAGGGCUGGGGAGAGUUCAGCAGAUUUUAACAUCAGCCCAGAGGGGAUGGGGUUAAGUCCAACAGGGUUAAGUCCAAUAGGAGAAGACCACGAUGGAGCUGAUCAGGAUGAGUUUAUAGAACAGGAUGUUGUUAGCCCUAAGAAGGAACGCCUUGCUAAUCUGCAGCGCAUCCUGAAAGAAAAAAGACAGAGAUGUAAACUUUCCAAAACUUCCCAAGGAUCCCAGUCCACGUUCUCUGAGGAGGAGUUCAAUCCAGAUGGCUGCAGAGAAGAUGACCAGGUUACUCAUGAAUUUCAAAUGAGCUCCCUUUUCAGUUAUGUUUUGUUGUUUUCAUUUACACAGAUAUAUUUUGAGUUUUUGUGCGACUGUUGCUUUGCCGUUGGGUGUUUUUAUAUCGUAUGCACGGAGCCAAGCAUGGUCCCUUUUUUUUGUUUGUCAUACCUUGAACUGAGGUGUUUAACUCUUUGCUUGUGAUUUAUUUUUGAGGUUUGCUCCUAAUGAAUGCAUUUUCAAAUGGAUAUAGAAUUAUGUUUUGAUCGAAUUAAAAGCACCUAUUAUUUCUGUAAACCUGACUAGAGUAAAAUAAUUAUGUUCUUGGCAGGAUCAGACCAAUAGAAAACACUGUGGUGAAGUUGUUUUUGAGAAGCCAUAUUCUCGGCACCGUCUUCAGUGUUUACAUACAACAGCCGAUCCUGCCUGGUUCCCUCAGAACUGUUUCAAACGCUGUCAGAACCUCCUAGUACUGGGAGAGGAGAGCCCCAGAGGGGUCCAGCUACCGAACUGUAGCCCCAUUCAUCUGAGUGG